AUGAAUGCAGGUUUCUUGAAAUUUGUCAUAGAGGAAAAUGGAGAUUGCAAAGGUGUUAGAUUGGCAUCAGGUCAGGAGGUACUCAGUCAGCAUCUGGUUAUAAAUCCUUCUGUUACUGGUCCAUCACCACCAUUCUUACCUCGAGCUCCAAAUUUGCCAGAAGAAUGCUCUGAAAGUGAUGACAAAGGCGAAGUCAUUGAAAAGGUUGCCAGGUCCGUUUUGUAUCUCUCAACUUUAUGCGACGAUGUCAUCCAAGGAAGGAAGUCACUACAUGCAGCGAUGAAUUUUCUCGUUGCACCUCCUCUUUCUGAAAAUCCUCAAGAUACCUCCUCCAUGGAAAAUGAAAAUGUAGGAGAUGCCAAGCUUGAUCGAGAGGACACGCCAGACUGGAAUUUGGAUUACAGGAAUAUCUUAGAAUCAAGUGAGAAGGCUUAG